CGAGAAGUUAUGCACCAUCCUCUUUUUCAUUUACUUGUGGUGGGUGCAGAAAGAUAGUUGCAGGUGCAACCAUCAAUAUGGUACCAAUGAGGAUGGUGUGCCAGAUAAUUCUAUUGGGUCUGGUAGCAGCAACGACAUUUGCAUUUGCUGACAGAACAACGUACAUAGUUCACACUGAGGAUUCUAAAAUCGUUGAGCUGCAGAGUUUGAACAAGCAACCCCGAGAAUGGUAUGAAACAAUUCUUAAUUCUGUUAUCAAACCAGCAGCCCAAGAUGAUGGAGAUGAAGAAUCAUUGGCCCCUGAGCUUCUUUACACCUAUGAGACUACCAUGACCGGUUUUGCUGCUAAGCUUACCACAAAACAAUAUCAAUCCUUAACUGAUAUUGACGGGGUACUUUCUGUUGCUCCUGAUGUGAUGCUAGAUCUCCACACCACAUAUUCCACCCAUUUUCUUGGCCUUGAAUUUGGCCGAGGUUUAUGGAAUUAUUCUAGCUUGGCAUCAGAUGUUAUAGUAGGUGUUCUUGACACAGGAAUUUGGCCAGAACAUAUCAGUUUUCAUGAUAGAGGAGUUAAUCAGGUUCCUGCAAGAUGGAAAGGCACUUGUGAAAAAGGUGCAAACUUUUCAGCUUCACACUGCAAUAAGAAGCUUAUAGGUGCCAGGUAUUUCCUUAAAGGAUAUGAGGCUAUUAAUGGAAGAAUCAAUGGAACAGAUGACUUCCGGUCUGCCAGGGACUCCAAUGGCCAUGGGACUCACACUGCAUCCACAGCUGCAGGAAAUAUAGUUCCUGGAGCUAGCCUCUUUGGCAUGGCCAACGGUGUUGCCAGUGGAAUGAGGUUUACAUCAAGAGUAGCUGCAUAUAAGGUCUGCUGGGACAGGGGCUGUGCUAGCUCUGAUAUAUUAGCUGCUAUAGACCAAGCAGUAGCUGAUGGUGUUGAUGUUCUUUCUCUGUCCCUUGGAGGAUUACCAAGGCCUUAUUACCAGGACAGCAUGGCAAUAGCGGCUUUUGGAGCCAUGGAAAAGGGAGUUUUCUUUUCAUGUUCUGCAGGAAAUUCUGGCCCAAUCCCUUCAUCUGUUGGCAACAUGGCACCAUGGAUGACGACUGUUGCAGCUAGCUACACUGACCGAAUCUUCCCUACUAAAGUUAGGCUAAGUAAUGGCAAAGCUUUCAAGGGUUCAUCUCUUUAUUCUGGUGCAAAGAAGACUAAGCAGCUCCCAAUUGUGUACAAAGAAACAGCUGGAGGCAACAGGGCUGAGUUCUGCAUCAAUGGAUCCUUAUCUUCCAGCCUUGUGAAAGGCAAGAUCGUCCUCUGUGACCGUGGUCUAAACGGAAGAACUGAGAAGGGAUUUGUGGUAAAAUCAGCAGGAGGAGCUGGGAUGAUACUGCUUAAUAGUCCCAUUCAAGGGGAAGAGCUUUUUGCUGACCCUCAUGUUUUGCCAGCUACCACAGUAGGCUCUACAGCUGCUAAGGCCAUCAAGGGAUACUAUGCUCAAAACAAAAACUUAACAGGUUCAAUCUCAUUUUAUGGAACGAGAUAUGGAGCACGAGCCCCUGUAGUGGCCGCUUUCGCAUCUCGAGGCCCAAGCCUUGUGGAUCCCUAUGUUGUCAAGCCUGACAUAACUGCCCCUGGGGUGAACAUUUUGGCUGCUUGGCCUCCAAUUAUUUCACCGACUGAGCUAAAAAAUGAUAACAGAAGGGUGCAGUUCAAUGUAGUCUCAGGUACUUCCAUGUCUUGCCCUCACCUUAGUGGUAUAGCUGCAUUAGUAAAAUCAGUCCAUAAAGAUUGGUCACCAGCUGCAAUAAAAUCAGCCAUCAUGACAUCUGCUUAUACUCAUGACAACAAAGAGCAUCUCAUUUCUGAUGCAUUUGUAUCUAAAAGUACCAAAUUCGCGACCCCUUUUUCAUUUGGGUCAGGUCAUGUGAACCCCGAAGGAGCUUCUGAUCCGGGGCUAGUAUAUGACAUCAGUGCAGAAGACUACUUGCACUAUCUAUGCAGUAUCAAUUUCACUAAUGCUCAGGUCUCCAUUUUGGCAAGAAAGAAGUACAGCUGCCCAAAAGAAAAGAAGGGAAAUUCCCUUCAGCCUGGUGAUCUGAAUUAUCCUUCUUUUGCUGUUAUUUUCGAAGCUUUUAAGAAAGGAAAGACCACAUUUACUUACAAGAGAACAGUAACUAAUGUAGGAACUCCUAAGAUUAGUUACAAGGUUUUUGUAGAGAAACCGAAAAAUGUCAAGAUUAGUGUUGAACCCAAGGUGUUAAGUUUUAAGAAACUUGGUGAGAAGCAAAGUUACAAGGUGAGUUUUACAGGAUCAGGAGCAAAUAUCACAACCAGGGCAGGAAUUUCGAAAUUUGGAUCAUUGGUUUGGAUGGGUGGACAUUAUAGUGUUAGAAGUCCUAUUGCAGUUACUUGGCAGCAGUAAUCUCAAGAGUUCUCUUUGUUUCCACAAAUAUGAUUUGGGUUAACAAAAUUGUUUCUGCUUAACUUAACACCUUUCAAUCCUUAAAUGUAUUCAGACUAUUUAUUUGAAGGGUAAAUUUGUUCUUAAUGAAAAUUAUCUAUUGAUUUGUGCUUAAUUUGAUUUGCUUAGUAGAUUGAUUUGGG